GAUACAGAACUUUGAUAAAUAUAAUGAUGCAACAGAAAAUCCACUCUUCAAUUUGGAAAUACAAAAUAAAAAAUUAACUGGGUGGAUAUUGUGAGACAAAGCACUUAUAAAUAUAUCUUCAAAAUUAGCUUUUUAAAUAAAAUUUGUAAAAGUAACUCGGUAGAAGUUGUGAGACCAAACUUUGAAAAAAUAUAUAUAUGAUGCCUCAAAAAUGAUCUUUUCAAAUUUUGAAAAAACUUAAAUUCCUAAUGAAAGUUAAAAACGAAAGUGGGGGGAAAAGUAGGGCACAUCUGGUUUUACUCACAAAGCUUUCUGUGCUGACAUACGCACAGUCAUAAGGAGGAGAUUAAAAGGUUUUGGAUAAAUACCAGGUUACUGUGUUUGUGCAAUAAAGUUUCUUAAAAUGCAAUUCAUGGGGACCAAUGCAUAGAUGGGUCUUUCUCUAAAAAUAAACAGUGCCUGUCUAGGCUCUGUUUCCUGACUGAAAAUCUGACGUCAUGUUGAAGCAAAGCAGAGGGGAUGUGCAACUCCAGCCAACUUUCAGAAGGAUCAAGUCUGAGACAAGAGCCGCCCCCUCAGCUCCCCCUAUCCUUUCUCACAGUCAACAGGAAAGACAGGGCCAGAACUCUGAGAGAGCAGGGAGAGAAGACACGAAGAGAAGAACAGUACAGAAGAUCACACUAGAUGUCCAACAAUCUUCCCCUGUAGGACAAAAUGGACAAGCAAAAACUGAGGGCUGAAAUCAGUCCUCGAGUGUCUAAGAACUCUGCACAGCGCCUAAGCAGGGAUCUCACCUGCUCCAUCUGCCUGGAUCUGUUCAAGCACCCGGUUUCCUUACCCUGCGACCACACUUUCUGCGAGGCCUGCAUUACGAGUUAUUGGAGUGGCCCUCGUGGAAAAGUCCAGGGUGGAUCUGGUUCCUGUCCUCAGUGCCGGAAAGUCUUUCCAGGCCAGAGCUACAGACCCAACCGCAUUGUAGCCAACAUCGUGGAGAGCUACUGCCAGGGGAUCGAGGAGAGUGGGGGUCGGCUGACCGGAUUGCCAGCAAACACUGUUCCUCCGACCCCAGUUUGCAGCCGACACAGAGAAGAGCUGAAGCUGUAUUGUGAGGAAGACCAAGAGCUGGUGUGUCUGGUGUGUGGGAUCUCUCAGGAUCACCGGGCUCACACGCUGGUGUGCGUGCAAGAUGCGCAGCAGAGAUAUCGGGCUUCCCUAACCACUUCAGCAAAUGCUCUUGAAAAGGAGCUCAACACUGCUCUAGAGUGUGAGAGAGAGACUGAAGAGGAGGUGAAGAAACUGAAGGACCACACUGCAGAUCUGAAACAGAGAAUCGAGGCACAGUUCAGUGAGCUACACCAGUUCCUGUACCAGGAAGAGAAACUCCUGCAGGUCAAGCUGAAGACGGAGGAACGGCGAGAGCUGAUAAGGCUUGAUGAGCACAAGGCCCUGCUCAGUGUGGAGAUAUCACGCCUGCGCAGAGCUAUGAAUGACAUUGAGGACAAACUCAGUGAACAGGAUCCGUACACUCUACUCAGGAGUAUAAAGGGCCUGCUUCAAAGCAGGCAGCCACCGAAGUUUGAGAAGCCGGCGCUGACGCCACCCAGACUGUGUGAGGGCCGCUUUGCUGGGCCCCUGCAGUACAGAGUGUGGAAGUCACUGAAGGGAAGCAUCUAUCCAGUUCCCUCAGCCAUCACAUUUAACUCCAAAACAGCCAACCCCUGGCUCAGUCUUACAUCUUCACUUACCUGUGUGCGCUACCAGACCUUUAACAACGCGGUGCAGGACAAUCCACAGCGAUUCAAUGCCGCGCUGUCUCUCCUGGGCAGUCAAGGGUUCACUAAAGGCCGCCACUACUGGGAGGUGGAGGUGUACAGCAGCACCGUGUGGACCGUGGGAGUUGCUCGUGAAUCCGUCAGCAGAAAAGGCGUCAUCAAUACCAUGCCUGCCAAUGGCUUCUGGACGCUCUCACUAUCGUAUGGAGUUCAGUAUAUGGCCGGGACAUCUCCACCAACAUUGCUGUCUUUGGAAGAGCCACUAGCGAGGAUCGGCGUGUAUCUGGACUAUAAAAGAGGCCUGGUGUCCUUCUACAAUGCCGAGAACAUGACGCACCUGUACACCUUCAAGGACACCUUCACCGAGACCCUCUACCCUUAUUUUAACCUGGGCUUCCUGGAUAAAGUGCAUGAAAAUGAGCCUCUUAAAGUAUUCCUACCUAAAAUCUGAUUUUAUUUUCAUGUUUUCUUUAAUAAUAUUCAUUUUUCUUUUUUAUAUAAACACUAGGCUGGACCUGGAUAAUUUAAGUUAAUACAGUUUUUUUUUUGAGACUUGCCAUUCCAAAAAAAAAAAAAACAUUUAAAAAAAUGACACACUAAAUUGCAUAUGGCUAUACAGUCUUAACAUUACAGAGGGUUAGUGGAGGCACAAAGGAA